AUGAGAACAGAACAGUUUAGUCAAUUGCCCCAGCCUAUUAAAAAAGAACUCGAAGUCACAAAGUUCCAAUCGUCAAAGGCGGAUCCUACAUCACCUAUCGACUCAAGUGAUACGUUAAGAAUUCAACAACGUCAGCGACACACUCAACAAGAUAAUUUAUUAAACCAAGAACAUUUUCAAGGUAACACAAGUGUUCACUAUAUUCCUCCAUCUCAGUAUUUCAUGGCAUCAGAAAAUUUAUCUCUUCAUUAUAAUGUACAAAAUCUAAUUGCAGAGAACCAGCAGUUAAGGGAAUACGUUAAUUACCUAAAACAAAACUUGCAGUAUCUCUUUGAAAACCCACACCUGUUGAAAAAAAGCGAUACAAAGCUAGAUGCCAAACCAACGAAAGAAUACCUCUCAAACUCAAAUACUCAAGAUCAGGCCAUUUCUACUUCUAUCUCUCCUCUUAAUUCGGCAAAAAAUAUACCAUCUUCUGGUCUAUCCACCUCCAUGGAGCAAUUGAUGGAUAAUAUGAUCACUUAUCCCUUUACAUUCAAUCAUGUUACUUAUCCAAAAAGCCAACUCUCACAGUCGGUUCCAUCUAACGCUACGAAUUCUUCUAAAUUCGACCAUGCCACCACUAGUGCUUACAGCAAAAAUUCAUCUGGACUGGAUAUUGCAUUUAACAUAGCGUAUGAAGAGAAUACUGAGAAUCUCCCUCGUCGUAUGAAUACGGAUACUGAUCACCCUCAGCAACUUAACAUAAACAAACAAGCUAAAACAAUGCAUGCUAAAAAAAUUGGUGUUGCUUCGGUGUCAAAGGGUCAACAGUUCAAACCACCUUUAAGUGAAGAUGGCAAGAAUUAUCUCGUGACUGAUGAUGGUAGCUUGAGUAUCGUAAUGAAGAACGACCUGGACUCAGUGUAUUCGAUAUAUAACGAAUUCAUGCAAUCAUUGAAACCUCAAAUUGACUCGUUUGUUCAAGACCAUGGGAGAUCGAAAUUGGCAAAGUUCCAAAAGAAAAGGACUUUCCAAAAACGCAAAGCUUUUUGCUCAUUCGUUGAAACAAUUGUGAAUUCUACCAGUUUUACUUCUGAGGAAAUUUUGGAUAUCAUAGAUGGCAUAAGAGCUCAAAAUGAUCAUUCUGUUAUUUGGGUGUGUAAUAAUUUGAAUCAGCUGAAGAUGGACCUGCUCAAACAACGACCAGAUCUGGCAAGAUAA